AUGUAUAUAUUCCAAGGUUAUCAGCGCCUAUUUAUUGAUGUCCCAUCGGUUAUCGGCAAUGUGGAUUUCGUCAAUCUUGGUAGCUAUGACUUCCAAACACCAGAGCGCGAUCCUAAAGUUGCUGAUCAUAGUGCGCCCAUAUAUGAAAUGUUCGAACGCGAUCCCACCCACAACAUUGACUACCAAGUACAGCAUUGGCUCAAUAACUCCGCACCCAGUAACAAAAUCCACAUUGGUGUACCAGCUUAUGGUCUUUCUUGGACUAUGUCAUGUAAGUCUGGUUUUACCGGUUACCCGCCGAUUAAGAAAACUGUCGGUAGGGGCGCCGGCGGCAGACAGUUACGCAAACCUGGCUUAAUGAGUUGGCCUGAAAUUUGCGAAAAGCUACAGGCAGACAAAGAUUUGGCGGGUGAAGCUGCGCCUUUACGCAAAGUUAGCGAUCGAAGCCAACGCUAUGGCAGCUAUGCUUAUCGAUCAGCCAACUAUGAUGACCAGAACGGUCUUUGGGUGAGCUAUGAGGAACCCAGCACUGCAGCAAUCAAGGCAAGUUACGUAUUCGCCAAGGGUUUGGGUGGCGUUGCUUUGUUCGAUUUGUCGCUGGACGAUUUUCGUGGCCAAUGUACCGGUGAGAAGUAUCCAAUACUGAGAAGUAUUAAGUUUAAAUUGUAA